AUGCUUUACGAUCUAGGUGUGUUUGACAGCCGGGCCGAUUAUAAAUCCGAGAAACAGUGCCAAAGAACCUCCUUUGCCUUCUACCAAGCAGUGCGGGACCUGUUACCAGUAUGGGUGCUCGAGGACAUGCGGACAAUGGAAGUGUUUCAUUGGGAAGAAGACGGGCGGGCGUGCUCUUUUACUUCAUCCGAGGCUUUUCUGUAUGCACUUGUCCACAACCAUCAACAAUACGCCAAAUACAUCCUCACCAGAUACUCUGUCAGCGCACUGGAGAUGCCCAGUCGAAGCUUCUGCUGCUGCCAAGCAUCUGCAACACCGCAUCUCACAGUAGCUGUCCGCUAUAAUCGUAUUACUAUCCUUAAAAUGAUAAUGGACUCCCUAAAAUACUUCUCUGAUAGCGAGCGCCAGAGCUACUUCAACAGUCGUGGAUGUUUUCACAUGGAAGGCGGCAAAGGCGCAUUGCAUCUGGCGUGCGAACUGGUGCGCCCUGAGUGUUUGAUUAUGUUACUAGGACACGGUGCAAGUCCUUAUGUCACAGACAGAGAUGGGAACACCCCCUUGGACUGCCUCCUAAAUCAGAUAAGCCAGGGCAAGCCUGACAUGCGCAUCAAGCACGUCUGCCUUGGUUAUCUCAUUCUCUUCAUGCCAAAAUUCAAUUUUCAAAUGAAGGGACAGCUGCAGAAGAAUCCAGGGCUGUGGCAGAGUCUUAUUGGAGAGCAGGCGUUCCAGUGGCUCUUAGAACUAUCGCCUCCCUCUCUCUUUGUUCAGGCUAUGCAUAAGAUGACCCAGUCUAUACCUGUUAAACAGCUGGACUCUCUACCAGACUUUCUGAAACCACUGGACUUCAGGCUACCAGAUAAAGAUGAUCUCAGACCUCUCUGA